CUGCCCCGGGCUCCGCCCCGAAAACCCUCGCGGCCUGGCGUGCGCCGGCUCCUCCCCCGAAUCCUGCACACGGGGUUGGUCCAGUGGGUCCGCCUCUGGCCUGUCCCCUGGCCGAAGCCAGCCUGCCAUGGAGGGGGAUGUCCCCGCCGCUGCAGCCGCCUGCUACCAGCCGGCCAGCCCCCCGAGGGACGCCUGUGUCUACAACAGCUGCUACUGUGAAGAAAAUAUUUGGAAGCUUUGUGAAUACAUCAAAAACCAUGACCAGUAUCCUUUAGAAGAGUGCUACGCUGUCUUCAUAUCUAAUGAGAGGAAGAUGAUACCUAUUUGGAAACAACAAGCAAGACCUGGAGAUGGACCUGUGAUCUGGGAUUACCAUGUUGUCCUGCUUCAUGUCUCAAGUGGUGGACAGAGCUUCAUUUAUGAUCUUGACACUGUCCUGCCAUUUCCCUGUCCUUUUGACACUUACGUGGAAGAUGCAUUUAAGUCUGAUGAGGACAUCCAUCCACAGUUUAGAAGGAAAUUUCGAGUGAUCCGUGCAGAUUCGUAUUUGAAGAACUUUGCUUCUGACCGAUCUCACAUGAAAGAUUCCAGUGGGAACUGGAGAGAACCUCCUCCAUCAUAUCCCUGCAUCGAAACUGGAGGCAUCAGUCCAGUUAAUAAUUUUCUGAGAUUUAAGGAGAUAAAGAGUUCUUCACCCUGUUCCUGUUGUUUGGCGUUGGCACGAGCUUGAAACAUUACGUGAGCACCGAUUCAGAGCCAGCCCAUGGCAGGCACUCCGUAAACACCAGCCCGCCAGCCCGAGCCUCUUCCGGUCAUUCCUUUCGGUUUCGAUGACUGCUGCCCAGUAGAUGCUAUUUUGUGCUGACCGCUUUACGUAUUAGCUUAGUUUUUACCACAACGCAGGCCAACUUUAAUUUCCUCACUUGAUAGAUGCAUGCAUUUAAGUGCAUUAAGGUUAAGUGAGCCCUUUGCCUCUGAUGCACAGCUGGGGAGGAUGAGGAGGGGGAUGGUGGUGUCUCUUUCUGCCUUGUGUGUAGUUAGUUCAUCAGGGACCUCCUGAACUUGAGGUGGAAACAAAAGAAUCUGCUCUGAAGUGUGGGGUAAACUGACGGGUUCUUCAUGUCAUAAUUUAACCACACCGUGAUGUUCUGUCAGGUGGUAAAUUAAUUACUUCAAAUCCUGUGUUUAUCAAAGGAAUGUAUUUGAAGUUAGGAUAAGUGAGAUUUACGUGUAGCUAAUUGGUAGUGUUUUAUAAAAAAUCAGGAUAAAAAAUGUUUCAAGAAAAUAUCCAACUUUGGAGUGUUUAUGUGGCUCAGUUAAGCAUCUGACUGCGGCUCAGGUCACGAUCUCUCGGUUUGUGGGUUCGAGCCCCACAUCGGGCUCUGGUGACAGCUCGGAGCCUGGAGCCCACUUCAGAUUCUGUGUCUCCCUCU